UCGUCAUUGUUGUUCCAUCAGUAAGAUGAGUAAAAUGGAAUCCAGUGCUCUCUUCAGCUGUGCCAUCAGGGUGAAAAACGAACCCUGUGAUACGUCUCUUAUUGACAAUGAUGACAAUGGGAUCGAUGAGGUGCCUGAUGUUAAAAAUUUCCGAUUCUCCAGGGAAUAUUCCACGUUUCAUGACAGUGACAAAAAUCACGAAAAUAAAUUUGACGAAAUGCAAAUUUUGUUUGAGUGCAAAGACGUCAAGCUUAUUAUGAAUUCACUAAAAAAUAAGAAAACUGACGAUUAUUCACCAAAAUACUUGCAGAAUAUGAAGUAUAGCGACGACGAAACUCAAAAUUCAAUUAAAAUAGAAACUCUGGAUGGAGUCAAAAAGGAAAUGGAUUUCAAUUUCGAUUGUGAAUUUACCGAGCAUAAUGAAAGGAGAAGUGAUCAAAAGGAUUUCAACGAUAAAAAUCGACUCAAAACAAACAUCGAUUCUGUGCACACGGGUACCAAAAAUACGUGCGAUACAUGCAGAAAGACGUUCAAAAGGAAGGGUGAUCUGAAGAGGCAUGUUCAAUCAGUUCAUAAUGGUGUCACUCACUCAUGUACUAUUUGUGGAAAGACAUAUAAAAGGAAGGGUGAUUUGACGAGGCACGUUCAAUCAGCGCAUGAUGGUGUCACCCACUCGUGUACUAUUUGCGGAAAAUUGUUUCAAUAUAAAAUUAGUCUUAAAAGCCACAUCGAUUCAGUGCACAAUGGUAUAACCUACUCAUGUGAUAUUUGCGGCAAGAAGUAUAAAGGAAAGAGUGAACUGUAUAAGCACGUUCAAUCAGCACAUAAUGGUGUCUCCUACUCAUGUAAUAUAUGCGGAAAAUCAUUUCUACAUAAAAGUAAUCUCCAAACCCAUAUCAAUUCGAUGCACAACGGGACGAAACAUGUGUGCAGUACAUGUGGAAAGACGUUUAAAUAUAAAAUUGGUCUUAAAAAACACAUCGAUUCAAUUCACAAUGGGAUUAAACAUGCAUGUGACAUAUGUGGCAAGAAAUUUUCACGAAAAGAUGUUCUCAAAAUCCACAUCGAUGGAAUACAUAAUGGUAUCACCCAUUCAUGCGGCACAUGCGGAAAGACUUUUGGACAAAGAGCGAAUCUCAAAGCUCACAUAGCUAUGGCUCAUCGCUCUACAUUAUGACUUAAUACAUUAAUAAAAUUUAUAAAAUAUAUGUUUCACUCGGUUAAUAAUUGCGAUUUAGA